AUGCCCGGCGUGACGUCAAGUUCCAGCGACUCCGCCCUCUCCAUUGUUCCCCAUUCCUCCGACUCACAAAGCCCCAGAGUUUACCCUCUCCGUCACCAUGGUCUCACUCCUCCACUUGCCCGCGUUUCGAUCUCUUGGGCUCGUGGCAACACGCUCCGCGUCUCGCUCAUUCAGUCCGAAGCCGUUUCUAAGCAACAGACUGGCGGAGAAGUGGUAGAAGUGAAACUAACCAAUAUGGAAGGAGGAGAAGUCACCGACGGGCAGUGGCGAAGAAUCGCAUAUGGGUCUGUCACUCCAUUCGCGCUUCUACAGAGCCGGAAGAACUCAAUGGACUCGUCGCACCGCAGUAAAGACUGGUGGGAACAUGUAAUGGAGUACAGCAGGGAAAUAAAUUCUCUUCUUGCUAAUUCGAAGUCAUCUGGUAAUGUGGUUAUAGAGGAUCCAAAGGCAUUAUUAAAGAAAGAGGAGGAGCCAACCAGUUUAAAAGCUGCAUGGGAGCUGAUGGAAAUAUUUUAUGCAGACAAGCAAUCUGAGACUUGUAUUCCUGAACGGUUGCUUGAUUGGUUGGCUGAUUAUGAUUGUCUGUUCUCUGGAACUCAGCCAACUGUACAUGCAAAACUUGUUGAUUUCCAAAAACAACUUGUAACUUUACAGGUAAUUGAGAAUGAUCCUAAGUACUGGGAAGCAAUGUCCUCAGCCUUAGCAGUUGGCUGGCUAGAUAUCGUGGUAAAACUGUUGCACUUGCAUGGAUCUUACCAGUUUGACCAGCUAGGAAAUCGCGAGACAGAAAAUGGACUUGUAGAAGCAGUUGCUGUUCUUAUAUCACAAAUGCCACGCAUGCGGCCUGAUCUACCAUCAGGAAAAUUAGGUGAAUGUUACCAAACCAAGCCUGAGUUUAUGAAGGCAUGGGAGAAGUGGAGAUCACAAAUUACUAAAUUGGACUGCAGUUCAUUCUGGCUUCAAUGUGAUCACCAUCAGACUCGGGAAGGACUGAAAAAUAUGCUUCAAAUCAUGCUGGGAAACACUAGCAUUCUGUCCCAUGUGACGUAUCAUUGGAUAGAACUUUAUAUAUCUCACUUUCUGUACAUCAGGCCUUUCACUGUGGGUUUAGAAAACAUGUGCAACUUAGCUCAGAAAUGCAUGCAUUUGAAACCCAUUUCCAAUCACCAUAAGUUGAUGGGACUCAUAAUUGGGAUUCUGGAAGAAAAUAUUGAGGUUGUUCUAGCCGAAUGCUCUAGAUCAUUUGACCCCUGGAUGAUAACACAUGCUAUAGAGCUGCUGACAGCUGGGAGCACUCAAGCAGAAAUACUUCUACUUGAAGAGCAGUCUAAACUGGGAGGAAUCAGCAUAGAAGAGCUACAAAGACUUGUCUAUGCUCAAGUUCUAUCUUCUUAUGCAAUGACGUGGAACAUUGCCCCUAUAUAUUUGACAUCGUGCAUGAAACAAGGAAUGGGCUUGUUGGAGAACUUAUUGUACAGGCAGCCUGUGCAAAAUCACCAAGUGCUUCUAAAGAGCAUAGAGAUAUGUCGUCUCAAUGAGCUUGGCAUUGUGAGUUCCAAUAUGAUGAAGAUUUAUGGAGUACAUAAAUGGAAACAUGGACAGAAAGGUUCCGCUGUAUUCUGGCUUCAGCAGGCGCAAGAUGAAGUUCGGUUGAACCGAAUUGCCAAGCAAUUAUUUGAUUUUGUAGGGAAGUCAGUUUCUGAUGAAAGUUUCAAGCAAUGGGAGGGACUGAUUGAAUUGCUGGGGACGGAGUCAAGUACAGCUGGCAGUCUUAAGUUUUUGAAUAUUUACAGGGAUUUCAAAAGAUCUCUUCUGCAAGUACAUGGGGAAACCACCACUGAUGCUGCUGGGAAAGCUGUGGAAUCCCUAGUAUCACUCAUGAAGAACCCUUCCACCCCUCAGCGGUUUUGGCUGCCUGUAUUAUACGAUUCAUUGAAAUUGUUAAACUGGCAGGAGCGCCCUUUGCUCAACGUUGCUCAAACUCAUCUUUUGUUGAAUAAACUGCAAGAGUUGUCAAUUGCAAAAUUGAAGCCAGACUUCAUUAAUGCCGACUCACCACCCGAGGCCUUGAAUUCUGUCAGACUGGCUCUUGCGACUAAUUUAGGGCGUGCUAUCCUCGAGGAAUAA